CUAGAUCCUCUAGGUUGAGGAUUAUUAAUAUAAAGUAGACCGAAGCGCCAUUCGCGGACCCUACAUUUUGAUAGGAGUUCUCCACCCUCGUUAUUUUUCAUGCCGUGUCCCUCGAUUGUACCAUCGUCCAUGGUUUUGUCCAGUUUUGUCGCAAUUCGUAGUUGUGGUUGUUCUCUUUAUUUUUAGGUUAGCUGUUUAAGCGUAAAACUUUAUUCCGUGUUGUUUUAUUGAGAACUCUGAACAAUGACGUCUUGUUUGGAAAGUUUACGAUACUCGACAUGUGUAUGGUUCGAAAUAGGCGAUAAACGAAAUGUAUUAGUGUCUAUGUUGGCCGGAACAUUGUUUUCCGUUGGAUGGUGGUUGAUGAUUGAUGCUCAUGCUAAGUAUCCUAGCGAAAUGUUAAAUCAGUAUCAUGUGUGUGGAGUAUUUGGAACUAUUUCUCUUGUUAUGGUGAAUUCGGUUUCAAAUGCACAGAUAAGAGGUGAUGUAUUUAGUGGUGAACUAUUAGGAUCUAGAGGUGCAAGAGGAUGGUUAUUUCUUGGAUUUGUAAUGGGAUUUUCUGAAGUAAUUGCAGCUUGUUGGAUUUUGUUUGUAGAUUUUGUAGCUGCAGAACCAAAACAUUAUUGGCCUGGCGUAGGACUAUUUUUACAGAAUACAUUCAUCUUUUUAGCCUCGCUUACAUAUAAAUUUGGCAGAGUCGAAGAGCUAUGAAAGCAAUCGAUAUUUGUACAUUCUAAAUGUUUUUUCCUUUUUGCACAAAAUCUCCUGGUUCUACUAGGCUUUAAAUCAAAGCACUUGAAACCAAGGAGUGAACAAUUAUAAAUAUCGCAGUAUGUGUCAACUGAAUUGGUUCAUAGGAAAAUGAAGCAACUUUAUUGUUUUUAUUUACAUUUUAUUAAUAGAUGGGUACUUGUUGAAAUGCUUACUUAUCCAUAGUAAAUCAUUUUGAAUUCAUAUAAUCACUGUGUACAAUAAAACAUAAGUAUCAUAUUCUUCGAUUAUAAGUAGUCAACAUAAUAAAUCAUAGUUUUUUGUUUUGUGAUAAUCUUUUUAUUAUAAAGCAUAUAAGAAAUAGUUGAAUUAAAAAUUUUCGUUUUAAUAAAUACGUAAGUACAUAGUGUUUGUUACAAUAAUGUACUAAUAACAUAUUCAAUAAAUUUUGCAUUUAUUUGUA